GUAAGUUUUGUUUCUGUACAUUUAAAGUAGGUAUGAUGUUAACAUUUCGACGAUAAUGUAAAAGCGACGGACGGUUUGUACGGUCUGUCACGAUUAGCGAGCAAGCUAACGUCAGUCACUUCACUUCCUGGAUAAAGCCAACUUAAGCUAAAUUAGCUCACAGAUUGUUGCAGCAUUUACUAGUUUGACGUUAACUGGCAUCGACUUGCACAGUUUCUUUUGAGAAGCAAUACAGCAGUUUGCAGCCUUAGCAGUGGUCAUGGAGUUUGCAGAGUUGAUAAAGACACCCAGAGUGGAUGGGGCUGUCUUACACCGGCCUUUCAUGCCCACUGUGGAGGGGACCUUGUGUUUGACAGGCCAUCACCUGAUUCUCUCCUCCAGACAAGACAACACAGAGGAGCUGUGGCUGCUACACUCAAACAUUGACUCUAUAGAGAAGAGGUUUGCGGGAUCUGUGGGAAGUAUCAUAGUCAAAUGCAAAGACCUGAGAGUGAUCCAACUCGACAUCCCUGGCAUGGAGGAGUGUCUCAACAUUGCCAGCUCUAUUGAGGCUCUGUCCACACUUGAUUCAGUCUCCCUGAUGUACCCUUUCUUCUACCGGCCUAUGUUUGAAGUCAUAGAAGAUGGCUGGAAUUCAUUUCUUCCAGAGGACGCCUUUAAAGAUUUGGAGUCCAUGACAGAUGAGUGGAGACUGAGUGAAGUGAACAAGGACUUCAGUGCGUGUCACUCAUACCCCCCUCUAGUGGCGGUGCCCAAAGAUGUUGAUGAUGACACACUGAGGAAAGUAGCUACCUUUCGUCACGGUGGUCGUUUUCCAGUACUUAGCUACUACCACAAGAAGAAUGGCAUGGUGAUGAUGCGAGCAGGGCAGCCUCUGACAGGCACCAACGGGCGACGGUGUAAGGAAGACGAAAAGCUAAUCAAUGCCACCCUGCGGCCUGGCAAGCGUGGCUACAUCAUUGACACGCGUACUAUCAGUGUUGCCCAGCAGGCUAAAGCUCGAGGCGGGGGAUUUGAGUCUGAGGCUAACUACCCCCAGUGGAGGAGGAUCCACAAGGCAAUUGAAAGGUCUAACGUCCUCCAGGAGAGCCUCAUAAAGCUGGUGGAGGCAUGUAACGACCAGUCGCACAAUAUGGACCGCUGGCUAAGCAAGUUAGAGGCUUCCAGCUGGCAGACUCAUGUCAAGGAGAUCCUCACCACUGCCUGCCUGGCAGCCCAGUGUAUCGACAGGGAGGGGGCGUCAGUGCUUGUUCAUGGUACAGAGGGGACAGACUCCACCCUGCAGGUGACCUCUUUGGCUCAGAUCAUCCUUGAUCCAGCCUGUAGGACCAUCAGAGGCUUCCAGGGUCUGGUGGAGCGAGAAUGGCUGCAGGCAGGUCACCCUUUCCAGCAGCGCUGCGCCCAGUCAGCCUAUUCUAACAGCAAGCUUCGCCAUGAGGCCCCUGUCUUCCUGCUGUUCCUGGACUGUGUGUGGCAGAUCCUUCGCCAGUUUCCGUGCUCCUUUGAAUUCAGCGAGAGCUUCCUGGUGCUGCUCUUCGAACACGCUUAUGCUUCUCAGUUUGGCACCUUCUUGGGCAAUAGCACUGCUGAGAGAGCCAAACUGUCUCUGCCAGCGAAGACUGUGUCACUUUGGUCAUGGGUGAAUCGACCCCAAGAAUUGGAACGUCUGACCAACCCGCUCUACGAGGCCAACGGUCUUGUGAUCUGGCCCUCUGUGGCCCCUCAGAGUCUGCUGCUGUGGGAAGGAGUGUUCCUUCGCUGGAACCGCUCCUCCAAGUGUCUGGAUGAGGCCUACGAGGAAAUGGUUCACAUAAUUGAAUACAACAAAGAGCUUCAGAACAAAGUAAACAGCCUGCGCAGGCAGCUGGCGCAGCUGGAAACUGAAGAUCCUCUGCUGCAGACACCAUAGAGAGAGAGAGAGAUGAAGAAGGAGGUAGAAAAUAUACAAAUGUGACAAAAUACAUAAACAGAUCAGUGUCAGCCCAGGUUUGGGCUUCCAUUAGGUUUAAUUAUUUUCAGAUGUUUCAGAAAAUAUAAUUUUGGGUUUCCUGCAAAGAAAAAAAACUAAAUGCAAACUUCCUUUGAUUUUACACUCAUGGACUGAAAGAGUGCCAUGACACCCUACAUGCGUAAAGAAAGACAUUUCAGCAAAUUUUACCGUGUUGGGUUGGUUAAACUAAGCAGAGGUGAGAUGGAAAGACUCAGAAAAAACAACAAAAGGAAAAAAAGAAGAAUCACAGCCAGUUAUUACUGCUGCUGCUAAUAAAAUUCAAACACUUAUACUCUAGUCGUUAACAUAAAAUAAAAACAGUAAUAAUAUCAGCAUUGAUUGGCAACUAUUUGGACAACAGAUUACUCGUUUAAGUCAUUUUUUUUUUUAAUAUUCACUGGUUCCAUUUGGUGAUUGAUGAUUUGGCUUGUCAGCCGGCUUCACAUUUGCAAAGUCUCAUGGAACCCCUGCACCUCACACCACGUAUGUAAAUGACUGUCAGACUCACUCGCUGAAUUUCUAGAUUUCUGUGAUUUUUUGGGCAUUGAUCUUGGAUUGAUCAGGAUGAAAUACUGGUCCACAUUUGCACCAAACAUCCUGCUGAAUGUAUGCACCACUGAAGAGCUGCAGAGUAACUAUGGCAACAUAUAGGGUGCUGUAAGGCAGCAUGUGAAUUUGCUGCACGUUGAGAUGACAUUAUGAGCGUAGGUGGGGUCAGUAGCUACUGUACUGUACGAUGAGAGGGAUCUGACCGAAAUAUCCGGAUUCUAUAUUUUUGAGAUCAUUCCUUGACAUUUAAUUAAGAAGCAUUGCAGAACGUAUCGACAAAGACUUCUUCAACACAGCCUUGUAAAAUGUUUACGUCCAUCAGCUUGCCUCAUUAUGUUUGCUCAAUAUUUAGUGAAGUAGUCAGAUAUUUUUGAGUAUAUGAUGCAGAUUAAUGAUGGUACUUGGGGUCUUGUUGCCACACUAACGGAGACCAAGUUGGUCAUAUGAUUACACAUGGAGGCCGGUCAGCUUAAAAACCACAAAUAUUGUAUUUAUGUGAGAUUGCUGCUUUAAAGACCAAUUUAUAUUUUGGUGAUUAAAGCUAUACAUGGAUCAUUGUGUUUGAGUACAUUAUAAUACAAAAUGCAUUUUAGCUGUUUUGAAAUUUAAGGUCACUUUUUGUGAAAAACAAAUACAGCGUCAGAAACGUGCUGCUUUAAUUCUGUUUGACAUAAUCAACCUCAUUUGUUGUUAGCACUCACCAGCUGUUGCCAUGUCAGACAAUAGAAGUCUUAAUAUUAUAAAUCUUAAUCACGUAAAAACAUGCCAAUACAUGCAACUGAUGUAAACUCAAACUAGUUGACCUACUGCACAUGACACAGACAAUGCGUCCUGGGAACAGUCUCACCAGCCCAGAGCUCACCAUAGGAGGAAAGCCGCAUGAAAACAUUGUUGGCAUUUCGCCUCAACCUUUAAUUGCACUUGGCAUUGAAGAGGUAGCUAAACACGUUUAAAACAACUCCGCCUAAACUCUCCUUUGCUCAUGUUUCAUGAGCUCAUCUUUCAGGCAGCACCGUAUUUUGUUUUGUAUUUCUUUAUACGGUUAAUCCUUUUUGCUUCAAGCUGACAUAAUCACACUAAACUGAACUGAUUCCAGCCACUACAUUAAACUGCUUUAUAAAGGGAAACAGCUGCACUAUGUGUAGACACUUUUUUUUCCUUUUGCCAAAAAAGACACCUUACCUGUUGCUUUGUGUGUGCAUGAAUGGAACAUUGAGCUAAAUAAAGGUAAUGGUGUGAUUUCAAUUUCCUGUGCUUGUAUUAUGCAUAAUAUUAUUCCUAAAUGAUGGUUGUCAAAGUCAACAGAACUCUGCAAGAUUAUCAGCUCUGUGGACAAAUUCAGCUUUCGUUUGUUGUUGUACUUAAUAGCUUUGUGCAAUGCCUUAUUGAAAAAUCUGAAGUCAAAAUAAACUUUUCAGGUCUUUUGUCACUGCUGAUCAGAUGUCUGUAAAAUGAUGUUUUUGUUCAAAGUUUUUUUUUUUUAAGUUUUCAAGCCAUUAAAAAAUCACAGCACAAAA